AUGCUGUUGGUAAAAUCCGUUUUCCCCAAACUCACUGAUCGGUUUAAACUCAAGGCUCAUCUGGGUGCCUUUGGUCGUCUGCUAGUGGAGGCUGGCGGGGGAAUACAUAUGAGCAGUCGUGGCGAGGAACGUUUCGUCCCAGUGAAGACCCUUGAGUGUACUAUCACCAUUGCAUUCUUAGCAACUCUUGAGGAGAAGGAGGUCAAGGAAGCUGCCCUUGAGGAAGUUGGUGAUAAUGCCUACAGGUGGCAGCCCUUGGUAGAUUCGCUCACCAAGCAGUUCUGCUCUCGGCUACCACUGAAGGAGGAGUACCAGCGACGCCUGGCACAGUUGCGAUUUGAAGGCACUCGCUUGUGCGAUUCCUUUUUGCGGAAGGUUAAGGGUAUUUAUGUUUUGUACGGUGAGGUAUAUCCUUCCGAUCGGAGUGAGUUGAAAUUGAUGACCCGCCUUAUCGUUGGUAAGCUCCCUAUGAAUCUUAGGAAGCAUACUGUUGAUAGAAUUCGCAGUUGUCAUCAAGCAAUGUCAGGAGGGGUGUGGCAUUUUGAAGAUGAUGUCCACCAGGAUUGGGAAUCUCUACUUCCUCUUUUCUCUACGUCUGGUCCGAGUGUCUCUGGGGCUAUAAGGUCGGCAUGUCGUUCGUUUGAGGACUCUGAGGUGUUGGGCAAGGACCCUACUGUUCACAGUCAUCCUACUUCGUCCCCUGUUAAGGUUGCUCGUAUCCAGGAGAUUGAGAACAUCGAGAAGUCCUGUGUCUCCGUCUUCUAUGGUGCUGGUGCCGACUCUAAGAACCGUGAGAAGGUUAAAGCUCUGACGAAAGCCGAUGUGGUCUAUUGUG